AUGUUUCUCGAACCCGAUCCGAGACGAACCAAGAACACCGGCCAGACUUGGAACCCUACCGCAGCUCUGAGUCAACCCACCGUCCGCUUAGUCAAGCCUUCACUUUCGGAUCCAACGCUUCCUGCAGACAUCCGCGACGACAGCAGCGCCAGUGAGCUUGACGAUGGAAAAGAGAACUGGAACAAGACGGUGAAGGAUGCGGCCGCAAUUCCUCCCUUACCCCAGUCCGCUAAAGCCUCAGAACCAGGAUUUCCGGCCUCAAGCCGGGACUUUGGUGUUUCAGAAGCAGGUCUGCCAACGAAUGAGGCGCCCAGCCUGGAUCUUGCAGAGCCUCGAGCACCCAGUGCAACCUUGCUUCCGAACAGCUCGCGGGAGACGGUGACUGCGCCUUACCAGACGGUGCCCGAACUAGCAUGGCUUCGAAGAAACACUUCGUCGGGCUACUACUCGCAAUGUUCCACUUUGCACGCCAGCGAGAUUACGCUGGCUCCGAAAGGUGCACGGAGUCAGAGGGCUAGUCAAGCAACAACUUUGCGCACGACGCCCACGCCCUCUUGGGCGAGCUUAGAGCCGAACGACACCCUCCCUCCACUACUGCAGAUCCCAAAGAAGCGAUUGCGACACAAGCCAGCAUCUGCAUCACUCAACUCCCAAGCCAGUUCAAGAGUACGGGGGACUGCCGGGACUCAGACCGAUGACACCAUGACUUCCGAGGACAUCGAUACGUUACCGUAUCCUCGACGCCCUUUCAGUGGCCACUUGAGCACAAUCGCUAGCGAGAGUGAUGGAAGAACCGAAUCGCAACACUUCAGCCACUGGUCGUAUGGGAGUGGUGUCCUGACUGGCGAUGAGCUCAGCAGCGCACCACUUUCGCCCGUCAACGACAGCUACAGGCGGCGAGACAGCGCCCCGGUUGAGUCGAUGGUGUCUAGUUUAGCACCUGAAAUUCAACCAACUUCAGGAACGCAGAGGACGAGUAUCGAGUCGCCUGGCGACAUGACGUUAGGAAUAUUUCGAGAAGAGUCUGCCGUGCCUCAGCCAUUAUUCCGACCGCACGCUGGCCCUAGCACAGUGAACCAAAGCAAGAAGAAGUACGACGGACCUCUGCCUCCCAUUCCUCCGAUCCCAAAGAACCGAGACGACGACGAACGAGCCGACACAGUGUCUGAAAUGACGCGACAUUCUCUACAUCAAAAGCGAUCAGGCUAUUCAUUGCGAUCGAAGACCUCCAACACACCAGGUCACUCGCGACAGUUGAGCGAGAUCAGUUACGCUGACAGCGAAGCUCGAUUCAGCACGGUCAGCAACAGCACCAGUAUUUUCCCGACUUGGGCCAAACGCUUCUACAGCGGCACUGCACACUUGCCCAGCAAGCUCUCAUUACAUAGCAACUCGACAGAUGGAAACGCACCAGUACGGCAUCAAAGAGGCGAAAGCUCGUGGACAGACCACAGCAUCACGAGCCGACUCGGACACACCUAUAGCAAUGCUGAAUCGGAAUUCGAAAUUGCGCAAGAGUCAGAAGAGCAAAAAGUCGAGCAGGUCAAGACCUUCGCAGGACACACAGCCGGAUUCGAUGGGCAUAUCCCCAGAUCCUUUACCGCAACAUCCUGA